UAACUUUGCGUCGUCACGAAUUGCCCUACCUUACGACUCUGCGUGCAAGAAACUCCAUCGUUUCCUCCGCAACCCUACGUCAUUCGGCCGCCCCUGCCUCUCACACAACAAGCCCCUAUUUUUCUAUCUCAAAAUGCCGACCUACAUCCACCUCGUCCGCCACGCCCAGGGCUUCCACAACCUCACGCCGGCGAACCACGCCCUCCCGGACCCGGACCUCACCCCUCUCGGCAGGGAGCAGUGCGCCCAGCUGCAGCGCACCUUCCCCCUGCACGCGCAGGUCACCCACAUCGUGGCCUCGCCGCUGCGCCGCACGCUCUACACCGCCCUGCUCUCCUUCGCCCCGGUGCUCACCAGCUCCGACAAGCAGGUCACGGCCGUGCCCGACCUCCAGGAGGUCGCGCCGCUGCCGUGCGACAUCGGCUCGUCGCCGCAGGCGCUGGCGGUCGAGUUCGGCCCCGCCGGCCAGGUCGACCUGCGCCUGGUCACGGAGGGGUGGAACGACAAGGAGAGCGCGGGGAGCCCGUACGUGCCGACGGUGGAGAAGCUGGAGGCGCGGGCGCGCCGGGCGAGGGUGUGGAUGCGGGAGCUGGGGAGGCGGUUCGAGGCGGAGAAUCCCGGGGUGGAUGCGCACAUCGUGGCGGUCACGCAUGGCGGGUUCUUGCAUUUCCUCACGCAGGACUGGGACGGGGCCGACCACUCGAAGGGGACCGGGUGGGAUAACACGGAAUGGAGGAGCUACGAGUUUGCUGGCGGGGACGAGGAUGAGGAGGCGAGGUUGCGGGAGACGGAGCGGAGUUGGAGGCGGAGGAGGGGCAGUGAGAAGGGGCUGACGGAGACGGAGCAGAUGGAGCUGAGAGCUGCGUUGCACAGUCGGGUGGAGAGGGAAUGGGGUAAUCUCGGGCAGGGGAAGGUUAUUGGUGUUUAGCUGCGUUGAGUGGCGCGCUGCCAGGCCCGGCGCUCGACUGGUCCAGCUUUGGUCCGGUCCUGG